AUGAGUCUUUUUGUGACUCCUUCGCCUGUAGUCAAGCGUUUAAUUAGUUACAUCAAGGAGGGCUCAGACAAGGAGGAGAAAUGGAAGGAAAAGGCAGUCAAAUCACUCGUUAAGAGGUUGAAAAAGGGGAACCAAUUAGAUGAAUUAGAACGAGCAAUUGUUAAUCAGGACAGUUCAACACGUUGCGUUACUAUUCCCCGUUCGCUUGAUGGUCGUCUUCAGGUUGCGCAAAAGAAGGGUCUUCCUCAUGUUUUCUAUUGCCAGCUGUGGCGUUGGCCUGAUCUUCACACUCAACAUGAGCUUCGACCAGUGGAGAACUGCCAGUACUCCUUCCAAGCAAAAAGGGAUGAAGUUUGCAUCAACCCCUACCACUACAGAAGAAUAGAAAAUCCAAUAAUUCCUCCUAUAAUGGUUCCGCGAGCUCCCCACUCUGCCUCUCAGGCCGGAAUGAAUGGAGCUGCAGACGCAAUGGGAUCCUACGGCCAUCAUCAUCACUCAGCCGCUGCUGCCUAUCGAGCUGGAAUGUCUCAUCGACUCAACGGUGGGCCUUCAGCAGUUCCCUCCCGUCAUUCGAUGAUGGAUUACAGUAACGCCUAUCGAGGAGCACCAACACAAGCCCCUCCGGGUCUCAUGGGCCCCUCACAUUCCGCUGCUGCUGGCCUCCCUCCACCUCAGGCAUCUCCCUAUGCAGACGCCCCCAGUUCCUCACAUCAUCUCACCAGUCUCACGGCUCUCCUCAACUCCUCUACAGCUGCUGGUUGCUGCAAAUUUGAUGAGGAGAUGGACACUUCAAGCUCGCUUCUAGGGGGAGCUGGAAUGGCUCCUCCUUGUGUCACAUUAGAUGAGAACGCAGAUCACGAAGUGUUGGGUGGGACACCGCAUUUGGUUUUCUCGACUCCUCCGGUAUCUUCUGGAAUAGGAAUGGGGUCUGGGGCAUAUACGUCUUCGACCCACGACUCGACAACUCAGAGUACCAGUUCUCCACACACUGGUUCGAUGUUGAGUUACCUUUCACAUGGGUUGAAGAAUAGCAUGGCAAUGAAGUCCUCACCACCAUCCACACCUCAGACUAGUCUAACCAAUGGAGCAAAAGCAGCAACAGUUGAAGGCGACAAUGGUACUGGUGGCAUGCUGUCCUCAGUUGGUCCGUCUUUCAAGACAGAGAGUGGGGAUGGAAUGGGCGGUGGCCCACCAGGAAGCAGCAGCAGUGGGGAUGCCGCCUCGACCGGCGGGCUCGAUUCACGCUCACCUGGAGCACAUUCGAGGGAGGAAAACUGCCUCUCUGAGGAUAAUGAUACCAUGGACACGGGUCUAGGUGAGCUUCCGCUAAUUAUAUUCAUGCUUCGUUCUCUUAAGAUGGCCCGUGUUGGGCUCCAAUUGUAUGCCGCUUAUUUGACCGUUUUUAUGGAUCUCAUUGUAGACACUCUGAAUGAUAUAACCAUCGAUGAAUCUGCCCACACAUCUGUAGCCUAUCAAGAACCAGACUACUGGUGCUCUGUAUACUACUACGAGACAAAUACUCGAGUGGGUGACACCUUCUAUUGCGCCUCCCCAUGUCUGACCGUGGACGGUUUCACGGAUCCCUCUCGAGAGAAUCGCUUCUGUCUCGGACUCCUUAGCAACGUAAAUCGCGGACAUCAAAUUGAACUCACUCGUCGUCAUAUCGGUAAAGUGUUGUAG